AUGGAACACCUGCGCUUCCUGGACUUUCUGGACUUGUCGGAGUCGGCCUCCGAAGCCAGCGAGGACGACUCAAUCUUUGACUCCGACAUCGAGACAAGCGAUGAUGAGAAGUUCCCUGGGGUUCCGGUGUGGAAGACAGCCUUUAACAUUGCCAAGGGCAUCAUUGGGGAAGGGCUUCUAAGCCUCCCAGCCGGGCUCGCCGCCGGCACCGGGAUCUACUCGGGAGUUCUGAUCGCCAUCGUGUUCUACUUCGCCAUGACCUACACCUUCUGGACUCUGGGACGUUUGUGCGAGACAACCAGUGAGAAGACGCAUCGCGGCAUGGGGAACAAGGUCACCGAAGGGGUGUUCUUUGGAAACGUGAUGGCCGUUGCGAAUCUGAUUCAGACUCUCUCCUGCUGCGUCGCGUAUGCGCUGGUCAUCGGGCGGAAUGCGGAGGACGUCCUUGCCCCAUUUGAGAUCGACACCUGGCUCAGCUCAAGGCGUGGCAGCUGGGUGACCAUCCUCCUCUUCGUCCUGCUGCCUCUCUGCCUGCUCCGAGAUCUCUCGAAGCUUGCCUGGAGCAGCCUCUUGGGGCUCAUUUGUGAGGCAGCCGUGGUCGGCUUCAUGGUCCUCCGCUUUGCGGACGGGUCCUACCAGCCGGGGGGCCAGUUCUACGAAAGCCAGACGCCGGGGACACAAGUGAGUUGGGGCGAGGUGGGGGAGCCAGAGAUGUGGGCGAUGAGCCCUGCCACCCUCACCCUUGUCUCCAGCAUGUCCUCGGCCUUUCUGGCGCACUACAACGCCCCCAAGUUCUACCAUCAGCUACAAGGCCGCGGCUCCAGGCGUUUCUUGCUGGCGACAUCUGCCAGCUUCACCCUGGCAUUGGUGCUCUUUCUGGCGUGCAUGAUUGUGGGAUACCUGACUUUUGGGCAUCACUGCUCGGGCAACAUUCUGCACAACUACUCCGACUCGGAUCCGGCGGCCACAGCCUCCAGAUUCGGGAUGCUGAUCGCCGUCACCUGCGGCUUUCCCAUCGCCUUCACUGGCCUCCGCGACUCUGUGUUGUCUCUCUGCGCCUGCUCCUCGCGACGCCGCGUGUGGGUCCCCGUGACUUUGGCCCUGCUCACGCUGAUCGGUUCCCUGGGCUGGUCCUUGGACGAUCUCGGGCUGCUCAACAGCCUGGGAGGCGCCCUACUGGGCUCCGCCAGCACCUUGGUUUUUCCUGGCCUCCUACUCACCUUGGCCGCGCCACUUCGGGACCAGGAGAAGGAGCCGACCUUGGGGAAGAUGGAGGUGAGGGUUCUCGGACGUGUGCUGGUCGGCGCCGGCGGUCUCCUGAUGAUCUUCGGCACUGCUGUUGUUGUUCAUGACAAGAUUUUGAACCGUAAUUACUAA